UGAGGGAGUAUUUCUUUUCCUGCAGUUGUAAGGGUCAGUGACAGGACGCAGUGACCCCGGUGCCAGUGCUCCCAGUUGUUCACUCCCAGGUACUGGGGCCAGGCUGCCUGUGUAGGAGGAGGGGCACUGCCCUACCUGGGCACAGGGAGGGGCGUCGCGACUAACAAGCCGGAAGAGCAGCGAGUUGGAUUUGUCACCUGCAUUUGAAUCGGUGGUGUGCGGUGCCGGACAGUAGCCGCCUCUAGUGUGCACGGCCCCGCGUCUUCUCACCGUCUACAUGAGACAUGGAGGGGCGGGCGAUGCCCUGAGAGCCCCCGCCGGUCCUGCCACUUGCUGGAGAAGAGAAGGACUCGUCCGUGUAGAUGGGGCCCCUGGAGAAGCUGCUCCUGGUCCUCUGUGCACUGUGCGGGGGAUCCUGUGGAGCUUCAGUUUUAAUCAUCCCUGGAGAAGUGGGUGGACAAGCAGUUCUACCAUGUAGCCCCAUCGCAGAAAAUACGAAGAGUGUUGCCUGGUUUAUGGAGAACCCUAAAAAAGACUUACUAACUUGUAACAAAGAUGCCUCUUCAAAUCCCAGAUACUCAAGACUGAAUGGGAGUUCUCUUGUGAUAUCAGAUCUUCGCCUAGAAGAUGAAGGACUCUAUAGCUGCCAAAACUGUUCAGACACGACAGACGCUGUGGCUCAAAUACAGCUAAAAAUAGCAAGUGGUCCUCAUAACAUCACCUUCCUGAUAUACCCUACCAAGAUACUGCCUAAUGGUACGCAUUACACUUCAAGUGGUUCCAACAUAACCUUCAGCUGCUCUAGUUAUUCCAUCCCUGAACCAGCAAAUUCGAUUGUGUUCAACACAGGGGUUAAACCUGAGCUUUUCGAUUCAAUAAAUGCAAGCUUGCUCACUUUUUCUCUGAGCAACAUACAGGCAAAUUACCAGGGAAACUUCACAUGUUCUGUUGUAAAUCCUCUUAGUAACAAGACGCUCAUCCACACUCUCCAGCUUCUCGUAUAUUAUCCACCUACUUCUUAUAUGGCAUGCAAUGUAGAGAACACAGGGGCUCCUUCGGGAUUGUCAUUGACAUGCAGUUGGCUUAAUGGUUAUCCAUCCCCACAUUUGAAAUGGGAAAAUAAUGGUUAUCUUCUGUCAAAUGGGACUUCAGACACAUUGGUGGUGACACUUAAUGGCUCUCAGUAUGAUAACGGACAAAAGUUUACUUGCAGCGGAAACUACCUAAUGGCAAAUGAAAUAAAAAAGGAGACGUGUGAUGUUCACUUAGGAUACCCAAUGCCCCAGUCUAAUGCUCUGAGAACCUGCUUAAAAGGAGAAAAUGUAACCCUGUCAUGUUCUGUAUCCGGUGAUAACCCUCCAGCUGUAAUAGCUUGGUUGCGUAACCUAAGCAACCCAAAUGUGGAGAUCCAGUCAGGGACAAAAUACCAGAUCGUACAGAUCAACAAGGUUUCCUACCUCACCAUUGUAAACUGCUCCAAGGAGGAAGAUGAAGGACAUUAUAUCUGCAUGGCCCAGAAUGGAGUUGCAACCAGAGAGAUUUAUAUAUGGCUAGAUGUAAGAAAACCCCAUAACAUUGUUGGGUUGGUAUCUGCUAUCCUGAUCCUUUUCCUCAUCGUAGUCGCCCUUAUUAUAGGAACUGUACUCUAUUGUGACCCUCAGCUCUAUAUUAAAGCCAACCCCUUCAGAAAAGGUGCAACUGAAGUUCUGAUACUUGUAGAAUCAGAAGAGGAGGAUGAGCUACAAGAAGUUGGUCAUUCAGUUGUAAGCACCCAGUACACUGAUGCUGAAACUAGUAGCCCCGCAACUGCAAAUGGAAACGUUUGUAAACAUGAAGUUUUGUUCCACAGUCCACCUGACAAUAUCAUUCCUGAUUUGCUCAUAGAGGUCUCGGAAGAAACAGGAGGUGAAAAUGUAGAGGAAGACCUGUAAUGUUUAUGAACCGGUCACUAUCUUCACUUGAAUUCAGGGAGGGCACAGCCCAUUGCAAAGGCUCUUAUCAAUAGCUAACACCUUCAGUGUUCGUCCUAUUGUGAUAGAACAUUAUUUGAGAUUAUUUGUAAAAGCACCAUAUCGAAAUUCUUUACAUCAAAAAUGUCUGUCCAUUAUUCUAUUUUAAUUUUUUUUAACUAUGUUUGGUCCGCAUCAGGGUAUCUUGUUAUUUCCUCCUAAGGAGGACCAUUUGCUGUGAAUGCAGGUGCCUAGUGUCCUGGACGCACAAUCUAAAAAGUGUUUUUUUCUUCAAUGUGGUUUAUGUGUAGGUACGUGUAUGUGUUGAUAUAUACUUCAGGUAACAGAUCUCUGCAGCAAUACCACCAGGAGAUCAGGAUAUUUCUGUUGAUUCAGUAAACCAAUGUUAUUAAUUCAGUUUUCUUUUUUAGAGAGUAAAAUCUCCAGCUAUGUUGUCAGUUUAUUUGCCUUUCCCAUUCAUUGCUUUAUGUAAUACAUUUACUCUGUUCCAUAUAGUUAUUUUGUGAGUAGAAUGAUAACUAUGUAAAUUUGUUAUGAAUGACAUGUAUCCACGGAAGCCUGGCUAUAAGAAGUAACCAACAAUGCCUGCAUUGUUUUGUAUUAGUCAGGGCUUGUGACGUGGAGCAUAAGUUCCAGUAGGUGAGGGCACACAAAAAAACUGUAUUUAUUCAUCAUUGUCCAAAUGUACAGAAUGUCAUUUUUAUUGUCUGCAUUGCUUUUCUUGUACGUUCUUG